CUCUCUCUCUCUCUCUCUCUCUCUGCAGACACACUGACACAUACACACACCCAGCACACACCCAGAGGCACAAAGGAGACCCCCAGUGGCUCCCUGCCUGCCUCCUCCUUGCCUCCUUCCCUGCCUGGUCCCCAGAGGAGAGCAGCACCAUGACCGAGACCACCAAGACCCACGUCAUCCUCCUGGCCUGUGGCAGCUUCAACCCCAUCACCAAGGGACACAUCCAGAUGUUCGAAAGAGCCCGGGAUUAUCUGCACAAGACGGGAAGGUUCAUUGUUAUUGGUGGAAUUGUCUCACCUGUACAUGACUCCUAUGGGAAACAGGGUUUGGUCUCCAGCCGACACCGCCUGACAAUGUGCCAGCUGGCCGUUCAGUCCUCCGACUGGAUAAGGGUGGACCCCUGGGAAUGUUAUCAAGAUACUUGGCAGACCACUUGCAGUGUACUGGAACACCAUCGGGACUUAAUGAAACGGGUUACUGGCUGCAUCCUCUCCAAUGUGAACACACCUUCCCUGACCCCAGUGAUUGGACAGCCGCAGAAUGAGACCCCACAGCCUAUCUAUCAGAACAGCAACCUCUCAAACAAGCCCACUGCAGUGAAGCUCUUGGGGAAAGUGGGUGAGAGCUUGAGCAGGAUUUGCUGUGUUCGCCCGCCGAUGGAGCGUUUCACCUUUGUGGAUGAGAAUGCAAAUUUGGGGACAGUGAUGAGAUAUGAAGAAAUUGAGCUCCGAAUCUUGCUGCUGUGUGGCAGUGACUUGCUGGAAUCCUUCUGUAUCCCAGGCCUAUGGAAUGAAGCAGAUAUGGAGGUGAUAGUUGGAGACUUUGGCAUUGUUGUUGUACCACGAGACGGUGCUGACACAGACAGGAUCAUGAACCACUCCUCAGUACUCCGCAAGUACAAAAACAAUAUUCUGGUUGUGAAGGACGAUGUGAAUCACCCCAUGGCUGUUGUCAGUUCCACCAAAAGCAGACUGGCUCUUCAGCAUGGAGACGGGCAUGUUGUGGAUUACCUGUGUCAGCCAGUCAUCGAUUACAUCCUCAAGAGUCAGCUGUACUUGAAUGCCUCUGGGUAAAGCUCCUGUGGCAUUGCAACAAAGCAGCCCAACCGCUGCACUUUCCUAUGGUUGUUCAUCACAAUUCUCUUUCUCACUCUCUCUUUCCAUUUUCACUGCCUCUUGUGUGCAUCUGCCUGUUUCACUCUGAUGUCCCCACUUCACCCAUCCCCAGCUAAGUGCAGGAAAGUGCUGCAUACAACUGGGCAACCAAGUGCAUACAUACCAUCAAAGCUAUCCUUUCUCCCAUAGUUAGGAGGGGAAGCAGCAAUGAGGAUCAGGUGCCAUGUGCCUAAAGAGGGAGGCUCUGGUGUCUACCAUCCCAGCAUGCUUUCAGGGAAAUAUCUGCCUUCUUUGUCUUCUCUCUCCCAUCAUGUGUCAGCUAAAUAAAUCUCAGUGGUUGUUUGUUUUUGUUUUUUAAAAACCAUGCUUUUAUUGGGUCCUUUUUAUCAUUGUGAUCCAUUAAAUUACAGUACAACUGGCAGAAGGCAAUUCCAACCCACUUGGUACAAAGCCCAGGCUUUUUAGGUCAGCCAUGGAAGUAUUUAGCCUUGAAUUUGAGAUAAAAAAGGAAGGAAGCAGCCUACAUUCUUGAGGCUGUUUAUGCUGUGAAAAAAAGAAAGAAAAAAGAAAAAGAGUUGCUGGCACAAGAAGAGCAGAAAUCUGGCUUGCUUAAUAUGUAGCACAUCCUUUCCUAUUGUAAAUAAAUACAUUUUUUUUUGUAAGAGAGAGAAUUUAAAAUGGGGUUUCUGUUGUGCUUUAAGUCAGUUUUUAAAGGAAGUAGGCGAUGACGCAGGGAGGGGAAUAGCCAGAGAGCCCAUCCUCCAGGGAAGUUAUGAGUUAUCCCUCAUUUUCUCACAGUGUCUCUGUGACUGGGCACUGGAUUGGUUGCCCCUUGUUUGGUUGAAAGCUCCCCAUUUUCUCCAAACACUCAUCAGAGUUUGACCGUUUGUUGUGCGUUCAGCUAUACUCCUGCUAGUUUUGCCAGCUCAGCCAGGUUCAAUUUGCAAUUGUUAUCCUUUAUCAAUAACAAGCACACACAGCCAUCUUUUCAUGUCCGCAACUAUACAUUUGUUCCACACUCAGAUGGCCUUCUUGUUUUCCCACAUUCCUUCAAAGGCUCCUUGAAAUGAAAUUGCUGCUUAAAUUUAUUCUGAGAAAGAGAUAUUUUCCCACUCCCACCCUCAAUUCAAGAUACAGCAAAAAACAGUAAUAAAAUAAGUGCCAGCAGCUGCACUGGAUUCGGUAUUUCCUGGACUUCCAAAUGAGGCAGCUCAGCUAGCUGCAAACUGUGUUAUAGCUACUGAAAUGAACCAGGGGUUACUGUGAGGGACAUCUGAGGGCAAAUUGUUAAUUCAGAUAGGCUAAGCUGUGUUGCUUUUUGCUUGCAGCUGUAAAAGACAAUUUAGGGGCUGUACAGAUGGGCGGUUGAAGGCACCCAUCUUUGCCCCUGCUGCGGCACCGACUUGGUCCCUAAAAAGAAGCCGCUUUAAGCAGCUUCUUUGAAGGGGCGCCACAGGUGCACUCAUGUGCCAUGGUGAUGCCCCUUCCAGCCAGAGCUGUUUGAGUGCUCUGAUGCCCAUGCGUCAUCAUGACAUGCCCCAUAUGGAUGGGUGCAUGCCAAGAUAGUGCAUGGGCGCCGAUAGUAGAACCCGGCUGGCACAAAGCCCUUACUCAAGUACUGUGAUGGAUGGGUGUACAUCCUCAUGCCUCAGAAAGAGGAGCCUUACACAGCAGUGUGAACAUGAAGGCAUUUGUAUCCUUAUGAAAGGAUUAAGGAAGUAUUUUUUUGGCGUAAAUCAUGAGUGGUCUGCAAUGUAUCUCCAUUUUACAUGAAAAGAAGCUGAAGCCCAGAGAAACCUAAUGGUUAGCAAUCAUUUCUUAGGAACAAUUUUACAAAACCUUUCAAAGAUCAGAUAAAUGAAGUUAAAAGGAUAGAAAAGUGUCAUACUAGUCGUAUUUGGCUUGUUUCAUCUCAGGAAGCCUGAAACCAUAUGAUGCUCUACGAGCCUUGUAGAAUAGUACAGGCUCACUGGUGUGUGGGUGUAGCUUCCAUGUGACAUUUCUACCAGUGUAGACUGGUUGUUACUGGUUGGAAUAGCAGGGGUGCUUCAGCAAUUGUGAUAUCUGAAGUUCAGAUCUAAAGAGCUCCUUCUAGUCUCCCUGGGUUACAUGAAUCUUACAACUUGAAUUGAAUACAGUUGGUGUUCUUCAGGGGGAAAAGGAAAUCAGUUUUUAUUAAAGAAUCAUAAGCCUGCUUCUAGAGGGAGGCAUUUAGCAAUAAUUGCUCUUUUGCUCUACAUCAGUGUUGUCAUAGCGGUGGUCUGUAGACCAGUGUCAGUCUGCAGGCCCAUGAUGAGUUUCCAAGAAAGAAAGAAAUAGGUGUAACCAACAGGCACAAAUAUGCUACCCAUCUCUGGUAAAUGGGGGGGGGGGGUGCUGGUCACGCACAUAACAAAGCCUAGGAAGCACUACUCUAAACCAGUGCUACUCAGCGAGUGGGUUGUUUUUCAGAUGAUGUUAAUCCAAACAGAAAGUUGAAAAAACCAGCAUUUGGGGGAUGUUUUUCAGACACCGUUUGCGUGAAAGAGAAAUAAUGCGAAAAUAACCCAAACAAAAAGUCGUCAAAACUGCUUCCUUUUUACUUUUGCUAAAUUCUGAAAGUACAAAGGAGCUUUCCAUUUGGAUUAUUUUCAUGUUAUUUCUUUUUCACGCCAAUGCACCUGACAAACAACACCCAGAUUUUAAAAUCCUGUUUCUGCAUGGGAUUUUACCAAUUCACCCUCUGUGUGAUAAACUCCAUAGAAUUGCAUUUGAUUUUCACAGUAUUGGGGAGUUAGCACUUCCUCUUGGUGUUCAUUGUGCCAGCAGGUGGAACAUAAUUGUAGCUGGGGAAGAUCCAAAAUCUACUGGAAUAAUGUUCAUACUGAACAUGUGCUAAGCAGUAACAGGUUUCCCUAAUAUAUCACAGCACACUUUCCUAAAUAUAUAUAAAUAUAUAUACAUGUCUCUUGAAAAAGAUGGAAGACUAGCACAAGGGGCAACUUUGUGAAAAUUUCAUUACUUUUCUAUUCUUUAAAAAAUGAGAGAAAUUGCACUGGCAAAAUAUCAGAGGGUUAGAGAUGGAUGAUAAUGUUAUGUGGUUCCCCUCCCACCUGCUCAAGUGAGCAAAUAAAAUCUGGCAGUUCCACACAAUUUCUUAUGUGGAAACAGCCUCCCUCUUGUUAUGUUGAGUAUUCAUGUUAGCCAAUGAAGAAUGUAGGCAUCUUUUCCCACACAACCUCUUAGAAAUCAGAGUGAAUGAUGGGACAUAUGAAGAUCCAAUUGGCUCUGUGAAGCCCUGCGUUGCUAUUUGGCAGCACACUCAAAGCAUUCAGUAUCCUUGGACACUCACUGCUGUCAUAGGCAGAUGUACAAAAGAGAUAGUUUCUUUGAUGAGAAUUUUUCUACUCACGGAAGGCUUAGAUAUCCUACAUGACUCUCUAAAAAAUAGCUCUCUCGCUGUCCUGUUGCGCAUAUCAAGUACUACUUCCAAUGCACUCUCUCUUUCACAUGCCUCCGUUACUGAGAGCAGCCACAACCUCUUGCUGGAAUCCACUAUUAUGUCUCAAUACCAAGCUGCAAAGCGCAAUGCCAACCAUGUAUCUGACCUUAUGUGCAUCUGACAGAAACCGUGGCCUUCCAAAAAGGCUUGAAGGGCAGCUCCAUGGUGGAAACAAAAGAUGUGGACAGUGAAAAAGACAAAGCUGAAGGACAAACUCUCCGUACUCUUGAACAAAAAAUGGAUUAUCAGGUCACUAUCCAAUUUCAUCCAGUUUAGGACAGCAUGCCUUAGGAACAUAGCAUUGUGGUACAAAUGAUGUAUAUAAUAACUUACUAGUCCUCUCUUUGCCUUCAUAUGCUCAGUUAUGCUUAUGGUGGGGUAGGGGUGGGGGGACACAGUGUCGCAUACAUUCAGAGGGUGGUGGUGGUGAGAUUGGCUUGGGAAAGGUUGGAGAUGGGAUUAAGACCCAAACUCUGACUUACACAACUAGGAAAUGGGUUUUAGAUGCACAAGGGAGGGAGGGAGGGGGG